CCUCAAGAACCCUUGUUGCUUGUCCGCCUGGUGAUAUCUAUCUAUUCAAAGUGCACAACUACAAAUGAGACUUUGCUGGUCCGACAAUUAGAAAGCUUGAGCCAAUCAGAAUGCAUUAGACGAUUGAGACCCCUCAUUUCCCCGGGCCUCCUCCCUCUUUAUUUCACCUCUCUCCUAGAACACAGAGUGCUCUUUUCCACACCUACUCUUGAAGGAUAACACUUCUCACGUCGUUCUGUUAUGUCUAUCCAGUGCCAAUUUCCUGGUGUGCGUUGGAUCGGGUUUGGAGCCAUCUCCUACGUCUAUAAAGUCCACCGUUGCAUCGUGGUCAAGGUCCCAAAGUCCGGAGAGUUUGAGAGAGAGCAGUUUGAUAGGGAACUCGAAAUCUAUCAGAUCUUCUCGCGACAUCCGCCAUGUCCCUCUGUGGUGCAGUGUUUUUUCUACUCAGACAAUGGCAUCUUCCUUGAGUACAUGAGAGAUGUCUCCCUUUCUGCUAGGAUACAAAACAAUCAUAUUCGGGAUUGUCAAACAAGGAUAGUUACUAAAGUGGAAAAAUUGGAGCCUCUGUCCCUGCGAAAGGAAUGGAUUAAUGACCUUGCUCAAGCCGUCGCUUUCCUCGAAUCGCUCAAUCUCGCUCAUGGUGACCUACGGCCUGAAAAUAUACUGCUCGAUGGCAACCGGCUGAAACUGUCCGAUUUUGAUUGUGCGGCAGAAAUCGGGACAAACUUCGAAGCCUGUGUGGCCCCGUAUGGAAGAAUACUCAACGGUAACGAGACGGACCAAGGACAACGUGGGACUUCCGGCUUCCUGGGUCCUAGAACAGAGCAGUUCGCCCUUGGUUCCUUGUACUAUUUGAUAAACUAUGGCUUUGAGGUUUAUGAAGAUCGAUGCCUUACCGAGGAUUCUAAGGAGCAUGGCCCUAAGGUCGUGGACUUCUUGCAAAAUAUGGAAUUUCCAAAUCUAGAUGGUGAUCCACUGAUUGACGAUAUCAUCGACAAGUGCUGGCACAACAAAUAUGCUACGGUUGUGGAAUUGGCUGCACACACUGCAACGCUUCUUACUUACAGAACCAACCAGGAAGGAACCCCACCUGACACAACCUUCAUCACUCAAUUGCACAUGGUUGUAUGCCGCAUCAUAAAUGGGAUAUGGUCUAGCUUUGGGGACUGGUGGACAUUGGUGUGCCAGACGAAUGGCAAGGUGACAAACACCGAACAAUCCAAUGGCAGGGAGCCCAACAGCAACAGCUAUAAUGUGGAUCAAGCCUACUUGACAGAGGAUUUCCUUUCGAAAAAAGCAUUCUGUCAGAACUUGGAGAAGUGUGAACUACCUCGUCUGCUUUCUUCGGAUGAGCCCGAGAGACUUGGAUUUACUUUGGAGUGGCAUAGUUCCUGAGGUGGGUUAAUUAACUAUCAGGUGAUUAUCUCUAGAGUUUGUUUAUGCAAUUACGUUAUGAAUGAGAGGUGUUAUACUUGUUAUCCAUCUUAAAAGCUUGUUAUUGAUUAAUUAUAGAUGUUUUACACGAGAGUCAAUUUAGUCCUUUCAUAUAUCAUGAUAUGUACAUGAGGAACGCUAUUGGACAUGAAAUGGGAC